AGGGUCGGCUCCAGUCUUGUUUGGACGUCUGAGGCGAGAGCUUCGGCUGUGGAAGAGAGAUGUCACCUUCUGAGGACUGAAGCCAGCACGCUGCCUUCUGGAUCCGGACACUGAACAGGACUACGUUUACGAUACUGCUGAGAGCAAAGCUAGAAGUGAUUCCUCCUCUGUGGUUCAGAUGGGGAGCACGACCCCUGCUGGCUGCCUGAACACCAGCACCAAGACGCUGAACUCGUCGGCGGCGCCGGCUGGAGACGUGGAGCGCUACACCGAGGCCACCAUGAUCCUGCUGGGCAUGGUCAUGUCCCUGCUCAUCCUCUGCAUCGUCUUCGGGAACGUUCUGGUCAUCACGGCCAUCGGACGCUUUCAGCGCCUCCAAAACGUCACCAACUGCUUCAUCACCUCGCUGGCCUGCGCUGACCUGGUCAUGGGUCUGGUGGUGGUCCCCUUCGGCGCCUGCUACAUCAUCUUCGGGACCUGGCACUUCGGCAGCUUCUGGUGCGAGUUCUGGACGGCGACGGACGUUCUGUGCGUGACGGCCAGCAUCGAGACCUUGUGCGUCAUCGCCAUAGACCGCUACCUCGCCAUCACCUCGCCGUUCCGAUACCAGUCCAUGCUGACCAAGUGCAAGGCUCGGCUGGUGGUGGUGCUGGUGUGGGUGAUCGCCGCCUUGAUCUCCUUCCUGCCCAUCCACAUGAAGUGGUGGAUUUCCGACCAUCAGGAAGCCGUGGACUGCAUCAAGGACAGCACUUGCUGCGAGUUCUACACCAACAUGGCCUACGCCAUCACCUCCUCCAUCGUCUCCUUCUACAUCCCGCUGGUCAUCAUGGUCUUCGUCUACUGCCGAGUCUUUCAAGAGGCCAAGCGGCAGCUGAAGAAGAUCGACCAGAGCGUGGGGCGCUUCCACAACAGUGACAACGGGAACCUCGGCGCCGUGGAGGUCAACACGGGGCGGAGCCAAAAGAAGAUCAAGUUCUGCCUCCGAGAACACAAAGCCCUGAAGACCUUAGGCAUCAUCAUGGGGAUCUUCACUCUGUGCUGGCUGCCCUUCUUCCUACUCAACGUGGUGGUGGCCAUUUGGAAGGUGGAGGGCAUCGACCUCACCUUCCGGAUUCUCAACUGGAUCGGCUACGCUAACUCUGCCUUCAAUCCGCUCAUUUACUGCCGGAGCCCUGAGUUUCGAUACGCCUUUAAGGAGAUCCUGUGGAUGAAGAGGAGCCGCCUCCCGAGCUCCGGACCCGUGAAUGGAUACGUCUACAGCAGACACAGCUGGCAGAGCGAGCUGCAGGGGAGGAGCAAGGGCCACUCGGAGGACAGCGAGGGCAAGGACGAGGGUGUCUUCAGCAUUAUGGACACGGCCAUGGACCCCAAUGGGAACUGCAGCAAGGGCCUGACAACUGCUCUGUAAGCUCUGCGAGCCGCAUGUUGCUGUUUUCACCGCUGAGCCUCCAAGGUAAGACCUGCCCGAUGGACCAGAACCAUGGCCACAGACAGGAUGGCGACUACACAGUAUUUACAUAUUCCCUCUGAAGACACUGUCAAAGAGUCGCUCCUGACGUCGGAUCUACCUCAGGUGCGGAGAUGACAGUUCAUCUGGACACAGUGUGUCCAGCAGCUGUUUGGUUUGCAAACACCAAGACCCAGCUGCUCGUCGUGCCAAACACGAAGAGACGAUUGCUUUGAAGAGAAGGUGUUGUCUUUCCUUGGAGAGAAACGCUGAGGUCACACAUCAAAGUGAGUCUCACUAUUGCUGAUGUAGUUUCGGGAAACCCGCUCCGUUUUCCAUGUUCCAUCUAAUCGAACGGCCGCACAUGAACAACCGCGACAGGGUUGGAUGUCAGCUGUAACGCGUCUUGCACUUUGUUUUACGAGAAACAUUCCUCAGCCACCUCCGUGCUUCAUGUCCAUUUCCAGUGGUGUCGGCUCGGGAGUUUCAGUGGCGUUUCUGCUGCGCUGUUGAUACCACCUUAUCUGCACCUGGCUGCCGCGAGCUGAGAGCCGACUGUGGUGAUAACACUUGAACGUGACCUCAGCACACGCUUCAUCGGCGGUCGAACCAGCCUGCCACCGUUUGUGCAGCAAAACCUUUGAAGAAAAGGCACAUUCUUCGCUCUGUCUGGGUCGGAGGUGAAGGCACAAGGGCACUUUAGAAUAAAUAGAGGAUCUUUGUGUCAUAAAUGGGCUGUCAAAUUGGUGAUUUCUAUUCUAUUAUUCCUUUCCUUUUAAAUCAAGCGGCUUGUUCCCGCUGUGCAGAUACACAAGGUGGUUAACUGUCAGUGGUUUUCUGUCUUUGUGCCCUGUGUUGAACUGGUGAUCUGUCCAGGAUGUCCCCUGCCUGCCUGCAUCAAAAAGGAGAAAAACAACAAAAUGUUUUCAUUUUAAACGUCAAAAUAGGAACCAGGAACUUCACUCCGAGAGUCGCCUUAUUCUAAAGCUGAAAUAUCAAGAUGAGACACCUCAAAAUUCUUUAAAAUCCUUUGACAUUCAAAGUGUUUUUCAACAGAAAUGCUUUUCAUGGCCGCCCUCGAGCCCGUUCAUAGUAUCCAGACCAGCCUUCAAUUGACAACAAAAAGUGAGAGAGAACUCAUUAUAAAUACAUGAAUCAUCAUUGUAAAAUAAAAAAGCACUGGUCCACAUAAUAAUCCCAGGAUUAGCAUCCCACCUCUGCAUUAUACACCUCUCCACUCAGCCAGUUUUAUUCAACAACAAAACCAUAUCUGGGCAUUUUCAACAGCGAGCGAGUGGCUCCAGCUUGGAUCGUGGUAAAGACUUCAGGUUGUAACACUUCUCUUCUUUCCUCCUGAAUGGUCAGUUAGCAUAUUUACAUCCAUCUCCCUUUCAACUAGAUGUAAAGCUCAGAUUAAGCCUGCAAGCUCUAGGUUAGGUAGGUGAAAUAGGCUUCGCUGCUCUGCCGCUCCAAUAAUGGCUUUUCCUUCCUCCCUGCUAUUUAUUUAUUCUCCCAACUCAAGGCAAAAUAUUUGUCUUUCCUUCCCCGUCUGCCGGUUGUGCUGCUGCCUGUUGUUGCGUCAGCCUCGGUCGUGUUUCUCUCAUUCUCCGGCUUCAACGCCAAGGUUGUCAGCGCUCAAAACGUUCGGGGCUCUUGUCGACACGCGUGAUAUUUCCCAGCUCUGCUGCCGUAUAAACGGAUGUCUGGAUCAGGCUGGAGUCCGCCACCGUCCAGAUGGACGGUCCACAGAGCCCUCAGCUCUGAUACUCACUCUGCUUUUGUGUAAACAGUCUUCAGGAAAUGCCUCGGCCCAAAAGAGCCCGGCCCAAGAAACAGGUCGGCCUAUUAUCUCCUCACGCUCGCAGGCUAAAGAUGGGCAGUGGAUACUCUGACACGGAGUCUGCUGUUGCAGUGCAAUAUGGGGCUGGACAUCAUCACGUGAAAGUCGUCUCUCAGCGCGAGCAGGUGUUAUAUUCCAGAUCCCCUUCCAGAUGAGGACAACUCCACGUGGUAGAAUUAUGAUUAUUUGUGAAACGAUUUUACAUUUGACUAUUUUAAAAAGCCUUCCCACACUCCCCCGCCCUGCAGUGUCACCAUCUGGACGCUACUUAGCAUCUUCCUGUGGCACCCUGACAAGUGGCAUUGUAUGGCCUGAACAAAUUCACAGCUAUACUCAACAUGCACAGGCAACACAGACAGGCGCCUUGGACGCCAACCAUCUCAUAUCAGUCACGGAGAAGAAGAAAGAACCACGAUACGGCAGUAGAGGUUGUCGGCCAAGUCUGAUCUUGUAACAGGCUAGUCGUUGCCCACAAGCCUUUCAGUUUCAGGGCACCACAUAUGAACAUGAGUUAAAGAGAUAAAAGUGCCUCCUUCAGAAGAAUAAUGUUUUACCCGCGACGCUAGUCUGAUGAGCUGCAUGCUUUGCUAGCAUCAAUGCUAGGCAGCACAUCUGCCUUUCCUUGCAUCUGCCCCGGCUGACGUCGAGCAAACAGAGCUGUUUUCCUUUUUUAUUAACACUGCUGAGCUAAUUCACUUAUAACAACAGAAGUGGUUUGUUUUGAUUUGCCCAAACGCCUCCGACAGAUUUUGUUUUGCUCAUUUCCGUCAGGCAGUUGCGGAGGCAAUGCUCAUGUUGGCGGAUGCUAACUAGUUACAAAGUUUCUUUUCUGGUCAUGAUUGAUGUUUAAUGUGAAUAAAAGGUGACAUCGACAGACUUAACAGCUCAUUUAAAGCCAUUAUCCAAUCAAAGUUGCCAAACGUUCCUUCACCGCGCUUCGCUUCGCUGCUUGGAUGUGAAGAGAAGCUGAGCGAAGGCAGUGACGUGUCGUCCAUGUUUGACCUGGACCUGCCUCAGAAUAUUCAUUCUCCAGAUCACUGGGGGGAGGGGAGGGGGAGCGGUUAGCGUACGUCAGUGUUAGCGACCCGUCUUAUCUGCAUUGGCUUGUCCCAGCUGUGACCUUUGCUGAGGAAUCUCCACGUACUGUAUCGCUGGUGUGACGGACCCGUGUGGCGUCACUGAGCUUUCUACUAUCUUCAUGUUUAUGAGACUUUAUGCCACAAUAAACAGGGUUUUUUUGUGUGUGUAUCGACAGAAAAAAUUCCAAAGUCUUGAUGGAUGACCGUGGUGUUUAUACAGGACUCUCAGACAAAAGCAUAUUUUCAGGGUUUGUUUUCCAAAUCUGUCAGCGCUAAUGUGCUUUUUCACAGUGGACUACGCCUCUACACCUCUGGCGUGUGGCCUUCUCCUGCUCAGACUCCUCAGUGACAUCACCUACCUGUUGUUAAGAAACAGCCGUCAGAAGACGAAUGUUUCAGGUACGGGACUAAAGUCAAGGCCUUAUCCAUGAAUGUACGCGGCGUAUUCCUGCUCUGGUCUGUUCGCAACGGAAACUCACCACUCGUUCUUUGCUCCUCGGAAAUGUGAAUUUUAUAAGCGGUGUGGUAAACGUGUCCUCGCGCAGGUGAACGUCUCUUUAAUAGCGGUUUCGCGGUUAUUUAUAGUUCUGUAAGCAUGGCUGUAAACAGGUGUCUUUUCAAAGGUACAGUACUUGUUGCAUGUGACGUGUUGGUGAUGAUUAAACUGCACUGCAGCAUUUGUUGUCCCUUUUUUCUUAUGGGAUUCCUUCAUGUUGCUUUAUGAACACUCUGGUUUCCUCCCAGAGAGGCUAAUUAAAUCGAUGAAGAUUUAGCAUGAACAACAUAUCUGGGACUUUGAAAUGGUUUGGCCCUUUAGCGGCCCCUGCUGGCUAUCAAAAGUCCAUUACAAAGGCUAUUAUAUGUUCCUUCAAUUUUUUAGUCUUUUUUCCCUUCAUUUUCUUUCUUUUAAUUUUUUUUUUCAUUUCUUUGGGUUGAUUUAUUUGUAUUAGAAAAUGAGACAAAAGUUGUCAACUCAGUUUUUAUUUAUUUAUUUUGUACCUGUCUGUGACCAAUUUUGAUUUUUUAAAUUUUUAUUUUUAAACUAAAAAUAAUUGUUAUAAAAUCCAAUUAUUGCAUUUAUUUAUUACAGUUCUAUCUUUCCUUCAAAGCCUUUUUCAAUCGUUUUUAUUUCAUGAUUAUUUCAAAUGCACCCCCACUUCUUCAUCCAUGACCCUCAUUGUUGUCUCUCCUCUCCUCCUCUUGCCGAACAUCUCCACAUGAGCUGUUCCAUCACUGACAAUCUUCACAUCAAACCCUCCACCCCGCCUUCACUCUCCUCCUCGCCUCACUUUACAUGACUCUGGACGAUGGAACGUGGUCUCACCAGUCCGAUCACUUCCCUGUCCAUCAGCACAUGCUGCAAAGAGUCAGAAGAACAUUCAUCUGUUUCCAAAACAAAGCGCCGUCUCUUUGUUUGCCGACUUAACGAUACCAACGUGUUCCCGUCUGAUUGCAUCUGUUGGGCAGAUCCGGCUCACUGGAAGUGUUUCACAAACAACCGAUU